CUGUGCCGCCCUUGAAAAUGAUCCCUAGUGCAAACGCAUGCAGGUCAACCUGGCUGCAGAUCAUGGGAUCUCUGAGAACGCGUACGCAACAGUGUCUCCUACCGCAACAAGAUCAUCAUCGUCAAGGAUAAUGCUUGUGAAGAAAACCUUCACCGGAAUACGACGUGCUCUUACGAUUCAAAGCAGAUUUUACCAUCCAAUCGGCAUUGUCGGAGCACCGUUUGCAAGAGGACAGCGAAAGGAUGGGGUGGAGAAGGGUCCGGACUACAUACGGAGAGCACGACUGGUGGCGAAACUUGGAGCGCAAGGCCAUCAAGUGAAGGAUUAUGGCGACUUGAAAUUUGAGGAUGUUCCCAAUGAUGAGCCCUUAGGGAGAGUCAAGAUGCCCAAAACAGUGGGGAGUGCUAACAAACAGCUUGCAGAUGCUGUGAAAACAGUGAAGAAGAAUGGCCAGACUUGUGUGGUGCUCGGAGGAGAUCAUAGUUUGGCAAUAGGAUCAAUAUAUGGACAUGCAGCUGCCCGGCCAGACUUGUGUGUAGUCUGGGUUGACGCCCAUGCAGACAUUAACACGCCUCUGACGAGCCCCACGGGCAAUUUUCACGGCCAGCCUGUGUCCUACCUCCUCAGGGAACUGCACUCAAAGAUCCCAGUUAUUCCCGGAUUCUCCUGGAUAAAGCCCUGCUUAUCAGCACAAGAUAUUGUCUACAUUGGCCUGAGAGAUUUGGACCCAGGAGAACACUACAUCAUCAAGCACCUGGGAAUCAAGGCUUUCUCCAUGACAGAGGUGGACCGCCUGGGAAUAGGCAGAGUGAUGGAGGAAGCAUGUGACCACCUCCUUUCCAAGGGGAAGAGGCCAAUUCACCUGAGUUAUGACAUCGAUGCGAUAGAUCCCUCCGUGUCUCCUGCCACUGGCACACCUGUGAAAGGAGGGCUCACCUACAGGGAGAGCGUCUACGUGGCUGAGGAAAUCUGUAGAACUGGUCUGCUGUCUGCGCUGGAUGUCGUAGAAGUCAAUCCUGACAGGGGAAAGACGGAGGAAGAAGUGAGCUCCACUGUGAGUGCGGCGGUGGAUGUGGUGUUAAGUUGUUUUGGACAGUUAAGAGAAGGCUUCCACCCCAGCAACUACCAGCUUCCUGAGCCCUGACGUCUCGCCUAGGAGAGGUUCCACGGUGGAACACUGUGUUUUCUCUUUUUUUAUCCUGCUGAUUUAUAGACUUUUUUAAUGAUACACUGUCAGCUACUAAUUGAGAAGCUAAAGGAAGAUGGGGAAAGUUAUCCUAAAAAGACAUUUUUUCACAACUCAUCGUCUCUAAAAUCCACUUCAGGGCACAACCCUUAAAUAGUCUACAGAGCGAGGCAAUCGAUUUUUUGACAUUUUUCACUACCAUACUAAUAACAUCAGGAGUCAGAUUGUGCCUUGUGAUUCUCCUCUGGGGCACAGUUUAUGUAUUUACAUGUUUGAAGAGUUACAGUCUCUUUUCAUUCAUAUCUGCAAUGACCACUAAAAUGAAAAGCUGUUAUAUGCCCCUUGAAUCCUGCAAAUUGUUUUGCUCUGCUUAAAUUUUGCUAUUCUCUGUCUCUCAUUCCCUCUGUCCUUAAAAUUUCAGCUCUUGUCCAUCUGGUUUAAAAGCAGAACUUACACUCACACCUGCUCAGCAGCUAUUGGCUGAUAUCUAACCUAACAUUUUUGGCAAAGGUUCCAAAACAGACGUAGCUGUUUAGUUACGGGAUAAUUAAUUUGCAAAUAAACUUUGUGAAACUCUGGGUUCAGACUGAUGUGUACAGUAGUUCUGAAACAGCUCUUGUCAGGGUCACAGCUGAUGUAAAACAUAUUUAAUAAUAAUUAUGGACUCUGAAGUAUCCCAUUCUUGGGCUGCUGGAGCUUUGCUGUUUUUCAUACUGUAGUUAGUACCAGUUUGCUGAACAGAUUUGAGUGAGCUGCAGGUAUUACUGGGACUUCUUUUAAAUGUGGUUUAAAUCUGAUCUACUGAUAAAAGGUCCUCCUUAAUGAAACUGGUCUCAUGUGGGGUCCUACAGGCCUCUGUUUUCAGUCCCAUUCUUUAAGUGUCUUUAUGUGUUACAUUUUAUGUGAUAUAAAUUAUUUGAACAUGUUCUUCAUUUGUAAUAUGUUCAGAUCGCUGCUAGGAUCUUGAGUUAAACUAGGGGUCUCAAACAUAUUUCCUCGAGGGCCUAAUGUCUUCUAGCUUUUGUCAGUUACAUAGUCAGUUUAAUUAAUAAAUUAACGACAUGACUGUUAUAUUUUCACUGGUUCCAAAGUGUUUUUACAGAUAACUGUGCUCUUCAUCAAUUGGUUUGAGUUAUCUACUGUAAAAGUAGAAACAUCCUAUAUAUGUAAAAACGUAAGGAAAUACUUGGGGUUAACUAACAACGCAGAUUGAAAUAAAAACCAGAAGACACGAAGCCAUCUAGGAAUUUGAAAGUCCUGCCUUGAACUACAGUAUACAAUUGUAUUUAGUGCUGUUAAAUUUACUCUAUAAAAUAUCGAUUUUAUGUGAUCCUGAUCUUUUGGCUUUGUUUGUAAAGAUGAUGUUACAAUGAAAGGUGCUAUGUAAAUUAAAGACUUCUGUAAAUUUGAA